UCCAAAAAAAAAAAAAAAAGGGGGGGGGGGAAAGAAUAUUCAAGCGAUUAUUCGGUUGAUUGUCUUGCUUUCAGUUUGAGUCAAAUCAACAAGCCAAGGUCAGUUGAUUCCAAGUCAUCCUCCACGUCACAAGCCAGGAACAAGAGUUUGGUCUCGUGGCCGUCAAUCAAUCGUUCCUGCUCUUCAAUCAUCUGUCCUUCUUAUAUUCCUGCUGGCUGACGUUGGCUAAUAAUAGUAUCUUCCGGCUGAUCCAACUGUACAGGCUACAUCAGGCAUCUCUAUUCUUUUUAUUGCCUAUCUACUCGCAUCCUACCAGUGUAUCGCUCAUUCUACCUUCAAAAAGAGUGUCUUGGAUAAAGAGAUUAUUCAAAAUAAUAUCAUAUUCAUCAUGGCUUUUACUCUCCCUACCUAUGCCAGGGCCACUCUGCGGGUGAUACAGGCCAUUUUUGGCAUCAUUGUCCUUGGAUUGACCGCAUACAUGGUCAGCUUUUUCAAUUUCAGCCCGACUGUCAACUUCAUGCUCUUUAAUGGCGUCUGGACACCCUUUUUUGCAGUCCCCUUCCUCGCCGUGGCGCCGAUGUACUUCCCCAGCGUGGCACAACGCAUUGUUGUCCUGGCAGCUGAAGUAAUCACCAUGAUCUUUUGGUUCGCAGGCUUUAUUGCCUUGGCCACUCUCCUGCCCUCGCCUCAAUACUGCUACGAUGCCUGCAACUCGGCACAGGCAGCCGUGGUAUUCGGCGCAUUGGAAUGGGCACUCUUUGCCGCAACUACUGGUAUAGCUGUCAUGGGCCUCCUGGACAGCAACAGUACCAAACCUGCUCCUCAGGCGCAGGCGUCAAACACAAAUAACCCUGACGUGGAAAUGACUGCCGCGGCCCCGUAGAGCUGCCUGCUAUAAUUCCACACCCGUGGACGCCAUUUUAGCAGUUGGAUAUCAGACCUUUUUCUCACUCGAUUUACUCCUGACGUCAUGCCCUCAGCCCUAUCUAUCUAUGAUAAUAAAUUGGCGAGCAUACCCUAUAUCUGAUACGAACACGGUUAAUUCAACAUGGUGAUGGCCGAUGUCAUGUGAUGAUUUGCUAUAUGUUGCUGUUUGACACCUAAACGAGAUACCCGGUUCACGAUGACAUACUAUACUACAGAUAAUUCCGAGCAUAAGGAUGUUGUUGCUUGCUCUUGUUUUUCUUUCUUUCUUUCUUUCUUUCUUUUUUUUUUGGGACACUCAUUUAUGUG